CAAACGCACAUAUUCAUGAAUGUUGUUUACUUGAAUUAUAUAAUUGAAAUUCUUAAUUUGCACAGCUUUAUUUGCACGUUUGCAAAGUUCAUCUUUAAGUGUUUGAACAUAAAUUUUGUAUAUUAGAGUGUAGCCAAUAUAAGCAUAGGCUACACAUCAGUAGUUAAACACUAUCAAGAGGAAGCUCUGUGCCAGUGGCACUGCCACGAUUUGGUUGAUAAAACACAGCGCGCUGUUAGCAGCGAUGUGAGGUAAUGUCAGCCAGACAGCCUACCGCUGCCGCCAGUGGGGAUGAUGCAUCGGAGCUGCUUAGCGGGGAACUUCCGGUGGAUCCGGAACCGGCGGUGGACCUCGACGACAUGUUCACGGAAGCAGCAAUCCCUGACGGUGAACCAAGCCUGUUUGCCGCCAUUCGGUACAACAACCUGAGCAUGAUUGGCGAGACUCUGCGCUCUGGUUUUGACAUAGAUACAAAAUUCACAGAUGGUGAGUACCAGCUCCAGGCUAUCACGCUAGCACACCGACUUCGUAUGACGCACUACGCAGCCUUGCAUCUAGCCGUCCUUCACGCAAAACACAAGAUAAUUGACGAUCUACUGGCACACGGUGCGGACAUCAACAUACGGGACGGAAAGCAGCGCACGCCCGUACACUUGGCGGUGGUGGCCAGUCGGUUGUCUGUUAUAGAGGCAUUGGCCACAAAAGGAGCAGAAAUCAACGCGCGGUCAUCAAGCGGAAGGUCGCCUCUCCUGGAGGCAGUGAUAUCCGAUAAACUGGACAUAGCACGCGCUCUAGUUGACCUUGGAGCUAACAUUGACAUUCAGGAUACACAGGGCACAUCGGUUCUACAGCACACUUGCUUUAAACGACAACCGGAUCUUGAUUUUAUACAGCUUCUGUUAUCUAAAAAAUGUGACGUCAACAUCCGGGGAUUUUCGGGUUGCACUCCCUUGAUGUUCGUGUCAGAAUUUCAGAGACUUGACGUUGCGAAACUGCUUAUAGCCCAUGGAGCGAACAUUAAUCAGAAAGACGCUAACGGCAUGACGCCAGUUCAUUUUUGUACGUACCACAAACAUCGCCGUUCCGAUUACUUGUUGUACCUUAUCCAACACGGCGCUGACCUGAUCAUCCGCGAUAAGCAAGAUCGCAGCUUGCUUUACAUGGCGAUGACCAACUCCUCCCUGCAGACGAUACUCACCCUGCUGUUCUGUGACGUGUCCAGAGAGGCCUCGGUCGUCAUGGAUAACCCGCAUAUGCAGUCUGUGCUCGAGCUGCUAUCGGAGUUCCGGGACAGGUUGGUAAAGGAGCUGUACACUCCGCGGACAUUACAGCGCCUGUGCCGGGAGAAGAUCCGGACAUGCUUGAGCCGUGAGGGACCCGCAAGAGUAUUGGACCUUAAUCUACCGCGCACGUUGCAGGACUUUAUUCUGUGUAGGGAUAUACGACCGGAAGACGUGGCCGUCUGAGAAGACGCGUUCGCUCCUUUGUUAACACGUCAUCUUGUAAUAGUUCGAGUUAAAUCAAAGUUACGCUUGCGAAUACUAGUAUAUACGCGUCAGCUGGAGCCGUUUCAACCCUCGUACGUUAGCUACGAUUAGUCACAAAUCAUUAAACCAUUACAUUGGGUCGUAUGAAAGCAAACAUGUCACGUUGUGAGAGUCCCACUACUUACUUACUUGGCUUACUAGAUGUUACCCGCGAGAGCUUAGUGGAACGGCCUCCGUUGUAAUGUUGUUGCGCAACCACGGUGUGUCCCAUAAAGUUUGGCUAGUUGGUUUGAUGGAAAUACUGAUUUAUACUUUAGUUAUAUAGUGCACCGAUACAGCAUUGUGACAAUUUCCUAAAAUGCUUUAGGAUUGUGUACCCAUUUACCAAGAUAACUGUGUGGAUAUCAAAUGGUCCCAUAUGAUUGACGGACUGUUUGCUUUAUUAAAAGGAGUGCGGAGUCGUCACUACAUCCAUGUGUCUUUGUUACAUCCAUUUUAACCAGUUACGGCAUUAACAGAAGGAAAUAAUGCAGUGGUCACGAAAGAUGUUAUCACGUUGUUAAUAGUACACAUUUGUAUUAUAUGUACACAGUGUUUGUCUUCCCGAUCCUUCAUGUAUAUCUAUUUUCAUUAAAUCAAUUUAGAUGUAUAAUUCCGUGUUCAAAGGCACUUGUAAAUUCACCUUUUUUUCUGCCAAUACAAACUUUUAUUUAUCAAUAUUAAAGAAAUAUGAUAUUGACUUUUAUAUUUGAAACUAAUUUUUCCUAUAAUAUGUUUUAAUGAAAGAAUUAAAAGUAUUGGGCAACACGAAAUAAUGCAUACCGCGUACAGAAAUAUGUGACAAAUCAACAUCAAGAGGAGGUCUUUAUUCGUAUCCACCAGGCCAAUAUGAUCAUAUUGGCCCGGGCUGAUGUUUCAUAUAUAAAAAGGACCCGACUUCAAACGUAACACACAAGUCGUAUAACAAAAACUUCGAUAACACCUGAAACUGAAGACAAGGAUCUCUAUUAAUGACACGAUUUAACAUUAUAACGUAAUCAUCAUACAAAAUAAUAAACGACACUCUUACCUCACUUACCCCAAUGGCAACUUGAAUCAAAUAAUUAUUACAAUUAAAUUACGAUUUGCUCUUCCAAUGUCUGUUCUUAUAUCCAUCAAUCGUUAUUUCGUUUAAUCAACACUUUUUUGGAAACGUGGGUAUGUCAAAUGCUUUACAUCACGAACAAAAACGAGAUAUACACAAUCCACUGACUGGACAGAGUGAUUUAUAUUUUUCCUAUUGAGAUUUCCAAACAUGCAUUACACCUCUCAGUCCAGAAUGUUGCGUGUUGUAUUCGUUUGAUA